AUGGCUUCCAAAUUUAUAAAUAUUUGGGCUAAAGUUGAGGAUGCAGAGGCAGCUAAAGUUAAACUAGAAAUAAAUGCUGAUAUCGAUGAUUUAAUUAACGAAUUAAUUGAGAGUAAUCAAAGUAAAUAUAGAGCCUAUUGUGGAACACAACAUUUACAACGUGAUACAAAACUAAAACAACUGCAAGAAACAUCAUGUCGACAGCCAUUAAUAAUUAAAUUUGCUGAUGAGUUCUCACCCACACUAUCGACGUCUAAUGCAUCAGAAGUGCCCAGAAACAGGUUUCAAAGUAGUCAUCCUGUUAUUUAA